GCCUCUUUUUUAAUAUAAUUAAAUAAAAACAACUUUUUUCUUCAUAUAUCCCUUUCCUGAUUCUCACUUCAAAUCUCCAUAUUCUCAACAACAACAAAAUUCCGAAAUCGAAGUCGUUAAAUUCAGAAAUCCUCAUCACUUAAUGUCUAUUUCUUCCAAUUUUCCGAUCAUCUGCUCGAUUUUUUCUCCACUUUAGUUUUUCUGCAGGUGAUUGAUUAUUUUUUUUAUUGGCAUUGGAAUUUGAUAAUUUAUCGGAUUUUUGAGUGAGGAUUAAUGGGAAAAGGAGCGCAAAAUUACGGUAGGAAAGAGAGUACGGGUAAAACGGCUCUGGAUCCGAACCAGUAUCCUGCAUGGGCAAAGGAUAUUCAGGAAUGUGAACAAAACUACCAGGUGGAUAGCAAAUUUGGUCUUACUGACGGUGAAGUUGAGAAGCGGCUGAAAAAAUACGGGAAGAAUGAGUUGGAAAAGCAUGAAGGGCAAUCUAUUUUCCGUCUGAUAUUGGAUCAGUUUAACGAUACUUUAGUUAGGAUUCUACUUGCUGCAGCUGUGAUUUCGUUUGUUCUGGCUUGGUAUGAUGGUGACGAAGGUGGCGAGAUGGAGAUCACUGCGUUUGUUGAGCCGCUGGUGAUUUUUCUUAUACUUAUUGUUAACGCGAUUGUUGGUGUCUGGCAAGAAAGUAACGCGGAAAAGGCGUUAGAAGCGCUUAAAGAAAUACAAUCAGAGCAAGCGACUGUGAUCCGUAACGGGAGAAAAAUUUCCAGCUUUCCCGCGAAGGAACUUGUUCCUGGUGAUAUCGUGGAGCUUCGUGUAGGUGAUAAAGUUCCGGCUGAUAUGCGUGUCAUUAGUUUGAUUAGUUCAACCCUUCGGGUUGAACAAGGUUCGUUGACCGGAGAAAGUGAAGCUGUUAGUAAAACGACUAAACCCGUGCAUGAAGAAUCCGAUAUUCAAGGAAAGAAAUGCAUGGUGUUUGCGGGGACCACGGUUGUUAAUGGUAACUGUAUCUGUUUGGUUACUGAAACCGGAAUGAAUACAGAGAUUGGAAAAGUGCAUGCUCAGAUCCAAGAAGCAGCGGAAAACGAAGAAGACACACCGUUAAAGAAGAAACUAAACGAGUUUGGAGAAGUUUUAACUAUGUUAAUCGGGUUAAUUUGUCUUCUCGUUUGGCUAAUUAACGUGAAAUACUUCCUCACGUGGGAUAACGUUGACGGCUGGCCAAGAAACUUCAAAUUCUCAUUUGAGAAAUGCACUUAUUACUUUGAAAUUGCGGUCGCAUUAGCAGUUGCCGCCAUCCCUGAAGGCCUGCCAGCUGUGAUUACUACUUGUUUGGCUCUCGGCACACGUAAGAUGGCUCAAAAGAACGCUCUCGUUAGGAAAUUACCUAGCGUUGAGACUCUCGGGUGUACAACCGUAAUUUGUUCUGACAAAACUGGUACCUUAACCACUAACCAGAUGGCUGUGGCUAAGCUUGUUGCUAUGGGUCAUGGACCGAAUGUUGUCAGAUCGUUCAAUGUUGAAGGGACCACAUACAACCCGUUAGAUGGGAAAAUACAAGAGUGGCCAGCUGGCAUGAUGGAUGCUAACCUUCAAACAAUUGCAAAAAUUGCUGCUUUGGCUAACGAUGCCGGUAUUGAACAAUCCGAAAAAGGUUAUGUGGCCUCUGGAAUGCCAACUGAAGCAGCGUUAAAGGUUCUUGUUGAGAAAAUGGGUCUUCCUGCUGGAUUCGGUUCCCGUUCAUCGAGUGAUAUUAUGGCUUGUUCUAAUGAGUGGAGUAAAAUCGAAAGCAGGAUUGCCACUCUUGAGUUUGACCGUGAUCGGAAGUCAAUGGGGGUCAUCGUCUCAUCGAAACCUGGGAGAAAUUCACUACUUGUUAAGGGUGCGGUUGAAAAUUUGUUGGAAAGGAGCUCACACGUACAGUUGCUUGACGGGUCUGUUGUGGAACUUGACAGCAGGGCAAAAACAGUCAUCUUAAAUAGCCUUAACGAGCUGUCUUCAUCAGCAUUACGUGUUUUGGGUUUCGCAUACAAGGAGGACCCACCAGAGUUUACAACAUAUGACGGUGAUGAAGACCAUCCCGCUCAUAACCUAUUACUUGAUCCCGCAAAUUACUCUAAAAUCGAAAGUAAUUUAGUCUUUGCUGGCUUGGCUGGACUCAGGGACCCCCCUCGUAAGGAAGUUCGUCAAGCAAUUGAAGACUGUAGAGCAGCUGGAAUACAAGUUAUUGUGAUAACGGGAGAUAACAAGAACACAGCAGAAGCAAUUUGUCGUGAAAUAGGAGUGUUUGGACAACAUGAAGAUAUCAGGGCAAAAAGCUUGACAGGAAGAGAGUUUAUGGAUCAUCAUGAUCAAAAAGGACACCUGGCAUACAAAGGUGGACUUCUGUUUUCUCGGGCCGAACCACGUCACAAACAAGAAAUAGUGAGACUGCUUAAAGAAUUAGGUGAAGUGGUUGCAAUGACUGGUGACGGGGUUAAUGAUGCACCCGCUUUGAAGUUGGCUGAUAUUGGAAUUGCAAUGGGCAUUGCUGGCACUGAGGUUGCAAAGGAAGCCUCUGACAUGGUUUUAGCAGAUGAUAAUUUUAGCACAAUUGUGGCUGCUGUUGGAGAAGGCAGGUCUAUAUACAACAAUAUGAAGGCGUUUAUUAGAUAUAUGAUUUCCUCAAAUAUCGGUGAGGUUGCCUCAAUAUUCUUGACUGCUGCUAUUGGCAUUCCAGAAGGUUUGAUUCCUGUUCAGCUUCUAUGGGUCAAUCUAGUCACUGAUGGGCCCCCUGCCACUGCUUUGGGUUUUAAUCCGCCCGAUAAAUACAUCAUGAAAAAAGCUCCUCGCAGAAGCGACGAUUCAUUGAUUAGUGCAUGGAUUUUAUUUCGCUAUCUGGUCAUUGGACUCUACGUUGGCAUAGCAACUGUGGGCGUUUUCGUCAUUUGGUACACACACGACUCGUUUUUCGGCAUUGACCUAAGUCAAGAUGGUCACACUCUAGUAGCCUACUCCCAGCUGGCAAACUGGGGUCAAUGCAAAACAUGGGAAAAUUUCACCGUUUCACCUUUCACGGCAGGAGACCGAGUGUUUAACUUUGACUCUAACCCAUGUGACUACUUCCAAGGUGGAAAAGUCAAAGCCAUGACGCUCUCACUCUCCGUAUUGGUUGCAAUCGAAAUGUUUAAUUCCCUAAACGCCUUGUCGGAAGACGAAAGCCUUUUGACCAUGCCACCAUGGGUCAACCCGUGGUUGCUUAUCGCAAUGUCAGUCUCGUUUGGGCUUCAUUUCUUGAUCCUAUAUGUUCCGUUCCUUGCACAAGUAUUCGGGAUUGUUCCUUUAAGCUUCAAUGAGUGGCUGUUGGUUUUGGCGGUUGCUUUGCCUGUUAUAUUGAUCGACGAGGUUCUUAAGUUUGUGGGUCGGUUGACUAGUGGAAGUCAAACGGACCCAAGGUCUUCAAAGCGAAAAUCAGAGUGAUAUAUGUUCUAAAAUACCCUUAACAUUGCGGGCUGACAAUAUAUUGGUUCUGGUCUGACCUUAUAUGAGCCCUUGGUGUGGUUAAAAACACCAAGGGUUGGUCAGACCAUUGAAUAAUUUUCUAGUAAUAGUUUAGGGAGAAGUUAUAUAAUCUGUUCUUUUUUCAUUUUCUUUAUUAUGUAUUCGAACGUGGCGAAGCUGAUAUUCGUUGGAAUGAGAACUGAACUCAGUGACGAGAUUUUUCUUA